UAAUAUCUAAACACCUAGUAUAACAUGUAGGUCAAAGACGCAGAUGAUGAAUUGAUUACGGUAAUUUCUUGACUGUAUGUUUUCGUGAUAUUUCACACACAUGUGAGUAUACAAGUGUUACAAAACGACCAAUAGGAUGUUAGGACUGUCAAUUCUGGUCUCAGAAAUGGUUACGAGCCAUUGCGUAAGGCAGAAUGACAGAGAACAGCCAUCAGGACACUGACCGCAGCCAAGGAGGGAGAGCCCACAGAAAAACAGUCACUUUAAACAACAUGGAAACUGUAUCAUAUGACCGGUUUACCACACCUGAGGCAGAAAUUAAUCAUGCUGGCCAAAAAUGUUUGUAUGAAUCAGUCUCUCAGGUCAACCAAGAUGUCGCUGAUGUUAGACUUUCUCUGAAGACCGUUGAGGCCCCCAAAACUUUGCAAUUUGAAAAUGCUAAUUUCUCUGAACGUGUGAUGCUGGUGCAAGGUCCCUGUCAGGAAGACUGGGUGUUUUAUAAAGACUCAUGCUACUUUCAGUCUUCAGUAAAGAAGAACUGGCAAAUUGCUGAGAAAAACUGUGUGGAGAAAGGAUCACAUUUAGUGGUUGUCAAUGACUUGGCUGAGCUUGUCUUCCUGUCUUCAUUCGUGAAGUUGUCUGAAAGCUACUGGAUCGGGCUUGUUGAGAAAGAAGAGGGACAGUGGACGUGGGUAGAUGGAACUGACUAUAGUACUACUGAACACCACUGGGACGAAGGUCAACCAGAUGACUGGGAUGUCCGAGUGAAUGGUGAGGAUUGUGGGCAGCUUCAUGCCCGGGUAACUGUGGACAGACGGAGGCUGUGGAAUGAUGCAGACUGUAUGCUUUCUUACCCUUACUUCUGUGAGGGCAAACCCAAGAGCCACUGACAAACAUCAACUAACCUCCAACAUUGCAAAAAUCACUUCUUUAAGCAGAGUUUUAGUCUCUUUUU